ACAUUGGUCUUUAAAUUUUUUUUGACAUGUUGGCAAUGCGCAGAUUGUUAACACGCAGCUGAGAACAGCUGAUAUUUUUGUCGUCUGCUAUAUUGAUUGUUUACAAUCACAUUUUUUUUUGUUUAUUAACAGUUUUUAUAAGAAAUGUCUCAAAACGUAUACAAUAAUUGGCAUAGAGUUUCGAAACUCUUUCAGCCACUAAAUAUCCCACAGAAAAAUGCACCAGUGGUAAAAACGGAAUUUUCCAAAAGUUAUAAACAUAUGAUUGACACUGGAAUAAUAAGCAAAUGUAAUACUGGAAUGUAUGCGCUUCUACCAUUAGGAUAUCGAAUAUUGGAAAAAUUGACAUCAAUUAUUGAUAAUGAAUUAUUGAAAAUUGAUGCUCAAAAAAUUCUUCUACCGGCAUUAUCGUCGCAGAAAUUGUGGAAAAAAACAAAUCGAUUUGAAGAAGCUGGUCGUGAAUUAUUCACCCUUUGUGACAAACAUGAUACUAGCUAUGUUUUAAGUCCAACACAUGAGGAAACGAUAACAGAUGUUAUAUCUAAAGUUGGACCAAUCUCACCUAAAACUCUACCAUUGAGAUUGUAUCAAAUUUCAAGUAAAUGGCGAGAUGAAAUGAAACCACGUUUAGGUUUUAUGAGAAGUAGAGAAUUUAUAAUGAAGGAUUUGUACACUUUUGAUAUCGGAUCGACACAAGCACUGGAGACUUAUAAGAUCGUUAAUCAUGCCUAUGAUAAUAUAUUCAAUAAAAUUGGAAUUCAAUACAAAAAAGCUAUUGGAUCUGUUGGAAUGAUUGGGGGAACAGUAUCGCAUGAAUAUCAUUAUAUUACGGAAAUUGGCGAAGACGUUGUAUUGUCUUGUUUGCAGUGUAAUUAUCACAUUAAUAAAAAUGCCACCGAUGAAAGUACAUGUCCUAGUUGUAAAAAUGCCUUUUCCGAAAGUACAACCGCAGAGAUUGGACACACAUUUUUUCUAGGGACAAAAUAUUCAGAAACUUUAAAAGCACUUUAUAAAGAAAAUCAUACUACAGCACCAUUAUCGAUGGGUUGUUAUGGUAUCGGAAUGACUCGACUAAUUGCUUCAGCUGCUGAAGUAUUAUCAACAGAACAAGAACUUCGAUGGCCAAUUGCACUAGCACCUUAUACUGUUUGUGUUAUUCCACCAAAAAAAAACAGCAAAGAAGAUGUGGCAUCACAGUACAAUGAAAAAAUAUGUGAACUAUUAUCUCAAUCAAAUAUUGAUUUUAUAAUUGAUGACAGAACGCAUUUAACAAUUGGCCAACGCUUCAUCUAUUCCCGAAAAUGUGGAUUUCCCUACGUAAUUGUUAUCGGUAAAUUAGCAUUAAAUUCAGAUCCACUCUUCGAAUUACACGAUAUAAAUAAUUCCACACAUAAUGACGUGGGUUUAGAAACUUUAUUCGAUUUCUUUAAUCAGACGAUAAAUCAACAGAAAAUUUCUAAUCGCGCCACUGUUUAGGAAAUCUUUUUUUUAUGUAACAGAAAUUCUUUUUCAAGAAAAUGUAAAUUUUAGUGAUAUUUGUUACUGUUUUUUAAAAAAAAAUUAUAUAUAAUUGAUGAUUGAAUUUUUCAUUAAAUUAUAAUAUUAAAGAUUUAAUUUUGUACGUAAAUUAUUUUUGGCUAGAUAAAAAAUUUCGAUAUGAAAUAAAUACUAACCUUUA